CCCUGCAGUGCCAACGCAUCACCGACUGGAGAAGAAUCGAGGGCAAUCAUGUCCUCCAAUCCCUCCGACCACGCCCGUUUCAAACGCUGUUUGAGAUUACAGCCACCCUGAAUCGGAGCGCCCUCGAAGAUUAUUGGCAUUUACGAUUCAGCGUCGUGGGAUUUGCAGUUCAAGGAAGCCUUACCCCGCUAAGAUUAUAGCUCCCCCAACUUUCUAGAUCCAGGGGACGACCAAAGCACAACAACUGUCGCAAAGGAUUACGCACCUACCAGACAGCAUUACUAGACAACACAAAGGCCCCGCAGAGCCCAAUAGUCCAUCAAUCAUGAACGUCGAUCCUCUAACCGGCAAACCCCUCCCCUCAACCGCCAUCCAACGCAUCCUUUACCUCGCGCCCAAAGUCCACAUCUACCAAAUUCCUCCCGCGACCUCUACCAAAGGCUACCAAGCAUCGACCUGGACAGCCGACAACAAUAAGCUCCAAAUCUUCACCGCUCGAUUACGCGUCGUCGAGACCUCAAUACCGUCCAAUGAGGAGCAACAGAGCAACGAGGAUGCAGAGGAGAAGGUUACAACAACCCUCCUGCUAGAGGACCCCAAAACGGGCGAUUUGUUUGCCGCAGCACCCUACACGAGUGAGAGAACAGUAGAACAAGCAUUGGACAGCAGCCGCUUCUUCGCCAUCACCGUAGUAGGCGAGGGGAGAAAAGCAAUACUGGGCAUGGGCUUCGAAGAACGCAGCGAAGCGUUUGAUUUCAGCAUUGCGCUGCAAGAUGCUCGCCGUGUGCUGGGCUUUGAGCAAAACCCCGCAGCGUCGUCAUCGUCGCGCUCCUCCAAAUCCGCACAAACGCCCGUCGCCGAGGAACCGAAACGCGACUUCAGUCUCAAGGCUGGCGAGACAAUAUCGAUAAAUCUAGGUGGCUUGAAGGGGAGGAGGUCGAGAUCACACGAGGGUGGCGAAAAGAAUGACGAGGGCGACCGCAAGAGCGAGCAAGAUGCGCUGUUCAGUAUAAAGCCACCGCCGGGAAGUGGGGGUGGAGGACCUGGGUUCCUGCCUCCGCCGCCCAGCGCGAAGAGUGUCAAGGAGGAGCGGAGGAGAAGUAGGCAGAAUUUUGACGCUGCGAACUUCACGCCGCCGAAACAGACGGCGGAGGAUUUGGGCUUUGAUGAUGGCGAGUUUGGCGAGUUCCAAUAGAGUAUAGGGGAGAAGAAGUGGGAGGCAUUUUGUGCAUGUUUAGCAUUGGAGUUAUCAUCUGCACUGGUUAGGUCUUCCGCGCAUGGGAGGCGUAUUGAAAUUAUGAAAUCAAGACUUCAAAGACGUUCACAUUGCCGAGAGUGUUUGUG